AUGCGCCGCCCACAAGGGCUCGCCGUCGACGUGCGCGCCCCCAGCCACACCGCCGGCGACAUUGAGCUCACCCAGUCGCCGACGUCCUCCAUAACCGAAUACGACUCCAAAUCUCAAAUCGACUUCACCCCCGUAUCCGACUCGACAUUGCAUAUAGUCGAACAAUCUUCCGCCCCCCAAUAUGUGCCCCCCAAUCCCUCGAUCAGCCUGCUCUUCUCGCUCCUCCCGAGACGCGACCUGCUGCUGCUCGUCCUCCCCGCAGUUUCCUUUUCGAUGAUCGCUGGCGGCAUCGCUCCCUUCAUGACCCUCACCAUUGGACAGUCUUUCGAUGCCUUUGCCAGCUUCCCCCUUACCCCGAACCCGCCAGAGUCGGCCAAGCACAAAUUACUGCACGGAGUCGGACUCGCGGCCCUGCAGCUGGUCGGUCUCGGCGUCGGCGCUCUUGCAUUGACAAGUAUCACUUCGUGUUUGUGGGUGUGGACCGGAGAGCGCAACGUGAUGGCGCUUCGCAAGCGCGUAUAUGCGGCCAUUGUUCGCAAAGACAUGGUAUGGUUCGAUACCAAGAUGGGUGCAGAAGGCACCGUUCAAUCUCUCGACGGCGAGAGCGAAGGCGCUCUCGGAGCCGGUGGCUUGAUGGCCAAGUUCACAAGGGAAACGGACGAUGUCCGCCAGGCCAGCUCCCUUGCCGCCGGCUACCUCAUCCAGUACCUCACCACCACGGUUACCUGCCUCGUCCUUGCUUUUGUCCGCUCAUGGGCGCUCACCCUCGUCAUCCUCUCCGCCGUCCCUCUUCUGAUGCUCAUUCAGGGCAUUUCUCAAGGUGUAGUCGGCCCUCUCCUCGCCCACGAGCGCGCCCAGACCGCGACUGCUGCUUCACUUGUGGACCGCGCGGUGGCCGCGAUUGCCACCGUCAAGGCAUUCAACGCCCAACCUCACGAACACGCCGCUCUUUCUACCGUGCUCGACCGCAUUGCGCUUGCCGCUCGGAAAUGCGACGCCGUAUGGAGCGUUACAUCCGGCGCGAGCCAAUUUGUCAGUAUGGCCAUGUUCGUCCAGGCGUUCUGGUUCGGCGCAAAGCUCGUCCGGGAUGGAACCGUCAGUCCCGGAGACGUCAUGGCCGUCUUCUGGGCGUGCCUCAUCGCCUCCAGCAAUCUGCAGAUGUGCAUCCCCCAGUUUGUGACCGUCGCCAAGGGCAAGUUCGCCAUGGUUUCCCUCGUGACACUCGUCGAGGACGCGGGCGACGCAGCGCCAUCCUCUCAAGGCAUCUCUGCGUCCACCGUACAGUUGUCCGACAAGAAGACAAAGGGCGCGCGGCGCCAUGAGAAGCACCUGCGCAAGAUCACCCCCGCAGCGUGCGCAGGCGAGAUGAACAUUGCCAACGUCACGUUCGCCUACCCGUCGCGCCCGACCCAGCCUGUCCUCUCAGACCUCUCUCUCUACUUUCCCGCGGGCGAGACGACGUUCAUCGUCGGCGGCUCGGGCUCGGGAAAGUCGACGAUCGCGCAGCUGCUCUCGCGCGUGUAUAUGCCUGUGCAGGGAACGAUAUCGAUUGACGACCAGGACGUCACGUUCCUCGACGACGCUUGGACGCGGGCGCACGUCGCCGCGGUCUCGCAGGCGUCCAUCGUGUUCGACAUGACCGUGCACGAGAACGUUGCGCUCGGGCUCGCUGGCCCAGGGAGCACGCGUCGUCCGGAGGACGCGACUAGGCAAGAAGUCAUCGAGGCGUGCCGUGUCGCGUUACUGCACGAUUUUGUCAGAGAUCUUCCCGAAGGCUAUGAUACGAAGCUCGGCAACGGUGGCGCGAACCUGAGCGGCGGACAAAAGCAGCGGCUUGCCAUCGCCCGCGCGCAUUUGCGCAACCCUACUGUUCUCAUCCUCGAUGAGGCCACAUCUGCGCUGGAUGCCACGUCCCGCAUCCUCGUCUUUGAAGCGAUCAAGGCCUGGCGCCGCAACCGGACUACCAUCGUCAUCACUCAUGACCUCUCACAAAUUACCGAGGACGAUUUUGUCUACGUGCUCAAAGAAGGCCGGCUUAUCGAGCAGGGUUACCGCCUUGACCUAGAGCACCUCCGCGGCGAGUUCAGCGCGCUCCUCGCGAGCCAGUGCGCGACGGGAGGCUUCGUCCCCUCCAGGACACCGGAAGAGCGGGAGGCACAGAUAAAUGAGGAGGCCCGGGCCGCAUUAAGCGAGCUGAACAAGGAGAAUGGCGGUGAGGCGGUGCCAGUACAGCACAGUGUCCUCCCACAACGGCCGAUCACUAUGGGCAACUGGAUGUUCGACGUGGUUGCCGACCUCAUUGGCUCACGGGCACCGACGCCGGCUGCCGCCUCGCUCGUACCCGCUGAGGACCUGGCUCCUAGCGCACGGACGCUCAGGCGCCGGCCCUCGAGCAUGACCAUUGCCACACCAACUGUUCCCUCUCCGGCGCACACGACUCCAAGGCUCACCCGCCGCUACAGUCUACAGUUCUCUCCGACUUCUUCCUACUUCCCCGCCCUGUCGCACGCCAACUCAUCCUUCAUCGAGGAAGCGGACGACUUCGAGGUGGCCAAGUCGGCGCUCGAGCGCAGUGCCGCAUCGGCAUCACGUAGACGGCUAGACACCAUGCCAAGCAUCGCGUCCAUGCGUUCCGAACGCCGUGUGCGGACGCACUGGGACGAGAAGCAGCUUGCGGAGCUCGCGGAGGUGACGGUGGAUGCCAAAUCCGAUGAAGACAAGGAACGCGAGCGCGAAGCGGCGAUCGUGGCCGAGCAGCGCGCGCAACUCGGUCUCUGGGCACUCCUGCGACACGUGUACGCGACUGUACCGUACAAACCCGCGGUGUUCCUCGGGCUGUGCGUGUGCGUCGUCAGCGGGGCGAUGACACCCGUAUUUUCGUUCCUGCUCUCGAAGCUCAUGGUGCAGGUUUCGAUCGGCGCACACGACGUGCGGUUGAUCAACGUCUACGGCGCAAUUGUCCUCGCUGUCGCCGCGCUCGAUGGACUCGCGAUGGGCCUCAAGUUCAUGAUCAUGGAGACGACAGCGAUGUGCUGGGUCACGCGCAUCAGGAAAACGUCGUACGCACUUGUGCUCGCGCAGGACAAGAAGUGGUUCGAUCGGAGCGAGAAUGGGCCGGCGAGUCUCGUGCAGACGCUCGUCAAGGACGGCGAGGACGCCAGAAACUUGAUAUCGACCGCGAUUGGACAGUUUUUCGUCGUCACCGCCAUGCUCGGCGUCGGGCUCGUGUGGGCACUGGUGCAGGGCUGGCAACUGACGCUGGUCGGCCUCGCAAUUGCUCCUGUUUUUGCGGGGUGCAUGGCGUUGCAGGCUAGGCUCGUAGGCAACUGUGAACUCCGAAACAAGCGCGCCCGAGAAGACGUGGCCAAGGUGUACUACGAUUCGAUUUCUAACAUCAGGGGAAUCCGCGCGAUGGCGUUCGAGAGUGUCUUUGAACGUCAGUUUGACACGGCCGCAUCCCGGGCGAUGACGGUCGGCGUCCGCGGCGCGUUCGUCGAGGGUUGCUCGUUUGGCGUGGCAAGCUCACUCAUAUAUCUCGCCGAAGCCCUUCUCUUCUACGUCGGCGCGCUCCUCAUCGCCAACGGCACUUACACCUAUCUGCGCAUGGUCGAGACGUUGAACCUCGUUGUUUUCACCGUUUCGAUCGGAGGGCAGCUCAUGGCUUUCACCAACAAGAUCCCCAAGUCCAUCCAAGCCACACGAGACUUUGAUCGACUACUGCAGCUCUCGAGCGAUACGGACGAGGCACACGGUACUCUGCGACCGCCGAUUAUGGGCACUGUCACGUUCAAGAACGUGUCGUUCGAGUACCCCGAGAGGCCUGACGUUCCAGUUAUCCGAGACCUGAACCUUCAGCUUAAGGACAGUGAAUGCGUAGCCAUCGUGGGUGCUUCUGGGUCCGGCAAGAGUACUCUCGCCGCCCUUCUUCAACGCCUCUACGAACCUGGAACCGGUAGCAUAUCCAUCGGCCCCAACAAGCUUGUGGAGACGGACGUCACCUUCCUCCGCGAACACGUCUCGGUGGUCAGCCAGAACCCGAAUUUGUUCGACGCGACCAUUGCGGAGAACAUCGCCUACGGCAACAAAUCGCUGAGCACCAUCGACAUUCGGCGCGCAGCGAAGGCGGCGAACGUGCACGAAUUUAUCAUGACGCUACCGAAGGGCUAUGAGACGAUGGUCGGCGAGAACGCGGCGCUCAUCUCCGGUGGCCAGGCGCAGCGGAUUGCCAUUGCGCGCGCCCUGGCACGUCCUGCCAAGAUUCUCAUUCUCGACGAAUGCACGUCCGCCCUCGACCCUGAGAACCAGCGCAUCGUCAUCGACACCAUCCGCAAGGCGAGGAAGGGGCGUACAACGCUCAUGGUCACGCACAAGCUGCCGGUGAUGAUGAUGUGCCAUCGUAUCGUAGUCGUGCAGGACGGGCGGGUCAUUGAGGAGGGGACGUACGACUCGCUCAUGCAGAGACACGGAGUGUUUGCACAGCUCGCCAGCGGCGGGGAGUGGGACGCAUGA